CGAAAAAAAAAAGAUACAAAGAAGGGUCGGGUGCGCGCGUUUCACUCGGCGCAUUAUUGCUUCGCUCAACAGUCUCCUUUCUCGUCUCGCUCGGCCCGUCUCAUCGCGCAGGGUCCUCGCCUGCCCUGCGUGCCCGCGCAAGAAAUGCUGUCAUCGCUUUCUCUCGCCGCUGAAGAGGUCGCACCGCAUUCGCAGGGCGCGUCGAAUUCGCUAGCGACGCGAACCGCCGCUGGAAUCUCGUCGGAAGUGCACCGAAAUUCGCUUGACUCGUGAACAGUCGGUGCUUUUCCAAUGUGCGAAUCGUCGGUGUUGCCUCUGCUGUUUUCACCAAUGUUGGUUCCUUCUCACGUGUGACUGACGUCGAGAAACCUGUGGGUGAUCAUUCGCAAAGCGUCCAAAUGGGCUGUUACUUCUCCGGUAACAGGUGAUCGACUUCAAUCUGUGUGUACACUUAUACAUGUUUGCGUGAACAUUUCUUGAAUCGCAAUGUGCACUCGUUGACAAAGAGGAAUCGUUCUUCCUGACCACGAAAUGACAGCAUUCGACCUCAAGAAAAAAUCUGCUCCUUCCCAUUCAGGAUAUGACUGUGUCGAUGGAUAACGCUCGGAAGCUCCGAUGUUCAGUGCUCGUCAGUCAGCUUCGCCAAUUACGUGUGCCGGAAUAGCGAAUCGGGAGUUUCAUUCUCCGCUCCACAGCGUGUGUCGAAGUGUGAUGCAGCGCUUGCUGGGUGUGUCAUGAGGAUGCCUUCACAACGGAUUCCGACCGCCACCGGCUCCUUAGCCCUUUUGCUAGCCUGCGUGACGUUCCUCCACGCAGGAGAACUGCCAACUGUUCACAUAGGAGCCAUUUUUGAGGAUGGCGAGCGUGACUCGGAAACUGCGUUCCGCAGCGCGGUCGACCUGGUCAACAACGACCCCGCCCACGCACUGACUAGGUUCCGACUGGCCGGAGUCAUCCAGAGGAUACCGCCCCACGAUGCCUUCCACGCUCGGAAAGCAGCCUGCAAGCUGCUGUCGAUGGGCGUGAUGGCCAUCGUGGGACCGAGUUCGGGCCCCGGUUCCGCCGCCGUGGAUGCCGCAUGCAAGCGGUCACGUGUUCCCCACCUCGUCACCCGUGGGCCGGGCAGCAGCAUCGACGACGGCGGCGUCAGCAGUGAUGAAGACGGCGGAGACUCUUCAUCCAUCUCAAUCCGUCUGUCACCUCAGCGUGCCCAUCUGGGAUCGGCGCUGAAGGGACUCUUGGACGUCAAGGGCUGGACGUCUUUCACGAUCGUCUACGAGGACAGCCUCACACUCCUCCGGCUUCGAGAACUGCUACGUCUGUCUUCAACGGGAGACAUCACGUUCCAGCUACGGCAGUGCGCGCCAGGUGAGGAGCUGCGCAAGGUGUUCCGCGAAGUGGGACGGCGUGGCGAAUCAAACAUCCUGUUGGACGCCCCCACGCAUCGCAUUAGGGAAUACCUGAAACAGGCUCAAGACGUGGGAAUGCUAACAGAAUACCACAGCUACAUUACGACAUCCUUGGACCUGCACACAGUCGACCUGCGGUCCUUCCACAGUUCACGCUGCAACGUGACCGGCUUUCGCAUGGUGACUACGGCAGAGUUGCCUUCGCUCUUGGAGCAGCGUGAACCGAAGCCCAUUAGCGGCGUUGAGGACUCGUUGGAGCUUCUGUCGCCAAGAGCUAGGCAGAUCUUCUCCAGCGUAAAGUCGGGCGCAGCCCUCGCCCACGACGCAGUGCUGUCUUUCGCCCGUGGCCUGCAGACGCUCAGCAGGAGCCGAAACCUGGAGCCGAGGCACGACGCUACCUGCGAGCCAGGCCGCGCUGCCUGGCCCUACGGUCUCUCCCUCGCCACGCAGAUCAAAGCGAGCACUGUCUCGGGUCUCACCGGAAGACUGCAGUUCGACACGUUUGGAUCUCGGACGAAUCUAUCGCUUUCACUUAUUCAGCUCAAGGAAGCCGGCCUAUCACAGGUUGGCACGUGGGACGAGCGCCAUGGAGUACACUACAGCAAGAAUCAAAGUGAGGUUUACGAGGAGGUGGCUCACACCCUGCGAAAUAAAACACUACGCGUCGUGACCAUAGUGAGCGAACCCUACGUUAUGUUGCACAAGGAAUCCAAGUCUGCAUCAGCGGGUGAAGAUAGGCUGGACGGAUUUUGCGUUGACAUCCUUCGGCAGAUGGCGCUGAUGAUGGGAUUCCGCUUCGAACUGCGACUUGUGCGCGAUGGUACCUACGGUACGGUGAACGCGCGCGGGGAGUGGAGUGGCAUCAUCCGCGAAGUCAUGGACAGGGAAGCCGACCUGGCCAUCGGCGACCUGACCAUCACGGUGUCACGAUCGCGCGCGGUGGACUUCACGUUGCCCUUCAUGCACACUGGCAUCGGCAUCCUGUACCGGCGGCCCGUGCAGGAGUCACGUCUCUUCUACUUCCUGUUGCCUUUGUCUCUGGACGUGUGGCUCUGCCUCCUGGCCGCCUACCUGGGCGCUGCGGUGAUGCUCCACUUGGCGGCGCGCAUGGCCCCCGGCGAAUGGCACGUGCCGAGGCACGGUCCCAAGUGUGACUGCGACCGGUCAUCGGGUGCGGACAAACCGCGAAAUGCGCUCGGUCUUGGCGAGAGCCUCUGGUACGCCACUGCGGCGCUCCUGUUCCAGAGUUGUGAGACCAGUCCGAGGGCGGCGUCCACAAGGCUUAUUGCCAUCAGCUGGUGGGUGUUCUCGCUGAUCAUGGUUUCCUUCUACACGGCCAACAUGGCCGCCUUCCUGGUCAACGAGAAGCUCCAGUUUCCCAUAGAAAACGUUCAUGACCUGGCUGCCCAGUCGAAGAUUAGGUAUGGCUGUGUGGCGUCGGGUUCAACGGAGACGUUUUUCAAGGAAUCGAAACUGGAGCCGUACGAACGCAUGUGGACGGUGAUGUCGAACAACCGCGAUGAUUCCCUUGCGUCAUCGACCGCCGAAGGCGUGGAGCGCGUCCGACGGGGCGACUACGCUUUCCUGAUGGAGGCAGCCACCAUCGAGUACCUCACAGACAGAGAUUGCCAGCUGGCUCAGAUUGGGGGACCCCUCGACUCCAAGGGAUAUGGAUUCGCACUGCCAAGGGGGUCCCCCUACACCGCUCAUCUGUCUGAAGCCAUUCUUCGACUUCAGGAGACUGGCGUCAUCGCGCGGCUCAAGAAGCAGUGGUGGAUGGGACACUGCUCUCAGCAACGCGAACGGGAGAAGGGCACAUCUGCACUGUCUGAGACGAAGGAUUCUUCCGAGGAAGCGAAUGCGCUGGGUGUCUCGAACGUCGGCGGUGUCUUCCUCGUUCUCCUCGGAGGCCUUGGCGUGUCCAGCGUGUGCGUGAUCCUCGAAUUCGUAUGGAAGACGCGGCCUUCCUCCAAAGCUAAGAAGAAAGCCAUAGAAAGGAGCUGCGAAAUUAUGGAACUGUCCAAGAAAGAGUCCAAGACUUCACUGGAGGGGCUGUCGACUGCUCAAGAUGAUCGCUCAAUAUCGGUACUGCCGGCCACCACCCUUCAAGUGGACGUUGUGGACAGCCGCGAGGCAUCGGCGCAUGCGCAGCAGAGGAGGCCCGAUGUUUCCUAGCAGUGCGGCGAGUCACCAGACGUUCUUGCCACGGCCACGCACAACCCCGAGGCAUUCUGGUGACUCUCCGAUUUCACCCCGUGUGCGAUACAGUGGACGCUGAAAAAAGAACAAUUAACUGCCAGCGGACUUCCACGACAACGUUUUGGUAUCGUCGCCAAAACUGCCGCCAAGUGAAGGACGGUUAACAAUGUGAACUAAGUGGACGUUAGCGAACUCAUUUCUGCUCACUGUGGUGCGUCCGUAUACGGCUGCUUUCUUGAGCCGUUGUCCGAAGGUGCGUUUCUGUUUUCUUUUUCUACCAAAUGUUUCGUCCCAUGCUAGCAAGUGAUGUAAAGCUGUAACCUUGAGAUGAAAGAAGGGCAAGGCGAAGACGAAGUUACUGGGAGGUGUAAGCAACUCUCGCAAGUAAGAAAACGAAAGUUUGUGCGUUACGUUAUUCAGAUGCGCUAAGUUCUGCUUCGCACUAAUUAAAUUAAAGAGAGAGCACACUGUUACCAUUUUGUAAGGCGUUUGCAAAAAAAUUAAAUAAAACUUUAUACAGAAAACUAUUCUUUAACCUCUUCACUACAUAAAGAAAUGUGGGCAAUAUAAUAUUGUUUCAUUUUGGCCCAUCCAUGACUCGACUCUCCGACAAGAUAGUUUUGUAGUUGCCAGGGCUCUUUAAAAAAUAUGGCAAAAAUAUGGCCGUCCUUGAAAAGAGAUAAGAAUACUCUUUCACACAGCGGUCAUUGUUUGCAUACUCUACUUGGCGGCCGAGGACUUCCCGGACAAAGACCUUUCUAGAAGGAGUGAGAGAGCAAUAAGCCGAUAUAAAAGAAAGGGGGUGCGGUCACCAAAAACUGUGCCCUGUUGGCUACCCUGCAUAGUGGAAAGGGAAUAUGGAGGAAGUGUAAUAAAGAGGAGAGAACGUUAUUUGUUGAUUGACACUGAAGCCACUGGUGCAAUGAAAUUCUAAGCGCUGUGUUUAAAGAAGAAAUGAAUACAACAUAUGGGGUCAGCUAUCGCUCUGAAAUCUCAGCCAUUCUCCAGUCUAGGUUAGCUAAGCAGUCUAUGCUGGGUAUUUUUUUUUGCUUAGAAUUCCAAAUGGGAAGCAAUAAGAAAAAGUAUUGUUGCUGAACAACUUUAUUCCACUGUUGACGCAAGCUAAAAUACACCUACUGUGAUGAAAUUUGCCAAAAGGAAAGCCGCAUUGCUCUUUCUUGGCUAUAGCUGAAAAAAAUAUACCAGUUUACAACUUUCUCCACAGUAAAACCUAAUGUAAAAUAGGUAUCAUAAUGAAUGAAAAACAAUUUGGAGACAUAUAAUUCUGCGGUAAAUGGUUCCGUUAACAAUAGCAUACACUUAAUAAAAAUAUAAAGCUUCAUUUAUAAAAAUAUUCUUCUGCGAACCUCUUUCUUGCUAUUUCUGAGAAGUAUAUAGGCAAAUAAUUUGUUUCCGAUGUGAAUGAUAAUGGGAAUGUAGACGUGGCCAAAUAUCUAAGACAUGACUGCAACGCGCGAACUUGGUUGACUGGCUUCAAAGGAUAGUAGAAAUGGAGGCAGUAAGAACCAGUGUAUCGUGAACGACACCCUCAAGAAAAAAGAAUCAUGUUUGUUUGGAAAAAGGACAAAAUUUAGCGUGGAAUAUUCUACAUAAGAUCAUGAAUAUAGCUAUAUAAGGUCAUAGUUUAUGUAACGACUUCUGAGAAUAACUAUUUUAAUAAAUUCUGAGGUUUAUUAUAAUAAAAUAACGAACUGAUUAUCAGGAAAGCUGUAAUGGGGGUUUCUGGGAUAAUUUCGACCACCUGGAACUCUUUACCGUGCACCCAAUAGAGAUAAGUUGAGAUAAGUUGAGAUAAGAAAAAAUAUUCAGCGAUGAGAAUAGCGAGAAGUCAGCAAUAAGAUAAGUUACUUAAGUGUUAGACAGGGAUGGUUGGGAUUUGUGGAAUAUUGCUUUCUCCUAUAAACUAACGGAAUGGACGUAUGCCACUGCAAAAAUAGCUAGUAGUUUCAAAGAGAAACAAUGAUGUAUGUAACUUUUAAAAAAUUACUGCUGAUUGAAAGGAUAAGAAGGUUAUGGCAUCGUUUCAGGGCAAUUGUAGUGAAGAGGUUAAGUACACAAAAUGAUGUCGCUCUCACCCACUUUUUAUGCUUCAGGGGUUGCAACAUACAACUCAUACUGGCAGUUACCAAGUUUCUUGUAUUAGUGAUAUUCUGUAGCUAGACCUGGUUCCUUCAUGUUCGCUUUAGCUCAUUCUGCCAAACGAAGAAAGCGAUCCAAUCACAUCAAAAUCGCAGCCCUAUUUAUCAUUCACAAAUCCAUGCGAUUGCCAAAGAAAGACACCGACUACCCAGCCAAUCCUUGUGGCGCGAUAGUGCCACAUAUGCUGCCUGUGAUUACUUUCCUUCUGUGGUUGUAAAGUGUCCGAUGUUAUGAUGGACGCCUGACGGUGAAGAAAACUCUAACCUGCCUGUUACCACAGCGAGUGAACCGGGAUGUUGGAUAGUUGUAUGUUAACAAAUUUUGUUGCAUUUUAGUGGCCACAAUUUAGUCCACAGUACAUGCUUAUUGAGUGAGAAAGCUUACGGAGGUGAGCUCUGCACUUAUCUUGAGCAGUGCUACUUUCGAAGCAAAUGUUCAGUGUCAGCCUCAUGGUAAAAUCUAUAUAUAUUGAUAUGAUGUACCAGAUAUUCGCAAAAUUCAAUGCUUUCGGACCACUGGAGGCGAAAAAGAAGUUUGCAGUUUUUUUUUUUUGAAGUUUAGCGUCAACAGAUCAUAGGUGCAGAUACAUUGAAGAAAAACUAUGCUCAGCUUUCAUACAUGUCACGUCACAUGGGCACCUUCUUGACCUGCUAGUACGAAACGCCCAAUUUUCACGCGACAUGGGUGUCGUAAUGCUGAAGGAUUAUGAAGAGAAAUUACAUUACAUUAGUUCUUUUUUGGGUGGUCUUAAAGAAGCGGGAUAUUCUAGUACUUAUAAUUAAGACAUGAAAAAUGAAAGAGACCGGAAUAGAAGACUUCUGCCCUGAAUUUCGACACACAGCAUUAAUUAAUUAAAAAAAUUAAAUUCGCAUGUCAAGAAAUUAUUUUACCACAGACUCCGAGAUUUACGUCAGGAAGCAAAAUAGUCUGCUCACAAAUUGGCUACAGCUUUUGAUAAACCGGUUGUCUGAUCCUAAAUUUUGUAGGCCUUAUGUUUCUUAUUCUACAAAAUUUCACUGUGCCUAAUAUUCAUCGCUCUCGGAGCACCACUAGUACCUAUAUGGAACUAAGGAACUUCGCAAAUAAUGGUGCAUGUUAGGAAAAAUAAUCUUUAAUUACGAUACUUAACACAUUGUGCGCAAGUGACAUUGUGAAAAAUUAUUGUAACUGAAAACCUGCCACAUUUAAAGCUGAUAUGUGUUAAACCUAAGCAACACAUGAUGUGUGCACAUUUUUUUCAAUUUCUAUGAUUAUAAAGGUUCUGCAACUGAUGAUUAACGUCGAUAUUUAAAACCCGCCUACGCAUGCGCGAAGCUGCAGAGACACUCCAAAUUUUCCGUGUUAUUGCGCGUCUUUUCCAUGAACAUAGUUCUCUUUUAUAGUCUUUGAUGUCUUGUAAAUGCGUUUAGGCCCGCUAAAAUUGUCGUCAAGCCUCAUUUUAAGUGGUUCUGCACUCACUCCACAUAAGUCAACGUGCGAUUUCGCACGCCGAUGUCCUCGUAUUUGUAGCGAAUGCCGCGUCUGCACAGCUUCAACAAUUUCGGAAGCAUAUGACAUACGGGAGCAGUCUUUACCAGCUAGCACAAGAUUCCAAAGGGCGGACAUUGUCACUCCAAGCAUGGUAUAUCAGGAUGUUCUGGAAGCUCUAACUGGGCUUCACUGAUGCUUUGCUUAAAAAGUAGGACAUCGCGGAUGACCGAAGCUGAUUGUCCAAAAUUUGCAAUUUUACAUUCAAUAGUGUUUACAACAAGUCUCGGAACGAGAACGGUUAUUUAAUUACGUACAUCAUACUAAAUGAACAGCUGAGUUACAUUUCAGAAACAGUGGAAGGCUUACAUGUGACGCGGCGAUAAAUUUUCGCAAUAAGAGUGACUUAGCUCCGAAUUAUUCGAAACUGUGAGGAUAGAUUGUUAAAGUAGUAGCGAUGAUGGCUCCUGAACAUUGUGAAUUAUGCAGCGUGGUUGCAGACAUGGCGAUUGCGUGUACCAAUACACAUCGUGAAUAAGAUUAAUAAUUUGUCCAUCUUUCGAGGGACGUAAGAAGAGUGUUUAAAAUGAAUGAAAGUCUACGACAUGUUUACUGCAGUAGGGUUCACUCUACUUGUUGAUAGUCUGAAAUGAAAAAUACAGCUUUGCAGAAAGGAAGCCACGUUGGAUUGUAGAAUGUACUGUACAGACACUAUUGCGGAUCCCUUUCUGAUCAAUACGAUGAUCCAGACACCACAUCCAAUGUUAAGUCAUAAUGUAUUGGGAGAAAACUACAAAUACCGUGGACGCAGUGACUGAGAUGCACAACACUGAGCGUCCACGCUACGCAUUGUUUCUGAAGCUUCCGAAUUUUAACAGGAGUGGCCUAAUGGAACUCACUCGCUGGUCCCGGUGAUUGUAGUGAUUUUUCCUGACAGCACAUUGCUUUGCGCACAUAUUAUUCUCACAUUUUCCCUUAAAUGUGAAUUGCCGUGAUCACAUCAUCAGCGUUCUUGCCAUUGGGACACGCUUUUCUUGAAUGUGGUGUGCAUUUGCUCCGGUGUCGAAGCCUGCGAAUGACAUCCUACGGUAAGUCUGGGCUCUGAGGAAACAAAUGAGAUGUUUAUGCUUGAAUGUAAAACAAACAAUACCCCAAACAACGUUUUGCCUGUGGCAAUGUCACUGUAAUUUCAAGUGAAAUAUAUUUUGUUAAAUUACGUUCGUUGCAGU